UUCACCUGGAUAUCUCAAUUAGAUCUUGAGAUAGGAUCUUUUAAAUUUCAUAUUUAGCAAUAUAGCUUAUAUAAUUAUUAUAAAUGCAGAGUUAAAUUGAAAACAUUAGAACAUGCAUGUUACUGGGAAUUAAAAAACUAUUUAUGACGCAACUAAAACUAGAUUAAAUUUGACUUAAUAUACUCUUUAUCUCAUUAUGUUAUCUCAUCUCAUUUUUGAGAUACGACUUUUUAAAUUACCAGCUUUUUCAAUAUAACCUCGAUAACUAGUAAACAUGCAGUUAUGUUAAAAGUUUAUCUUACAUGCCAUAACGAAACUUAUAUAUGCGGCAAACAAAUUCAACAAGUGUAGAAGUGGUAAAGGAUAAAGAUCUUAAUGAUUACUUCGUCUUCAGUAAUGCUUUUCAGAACUGCACCAUUUGGCAAGAUCGAUACACUGGAAAGGAAGUGUGUUUAAAAUAACUAGAGAAGUUCCUCAGGGAUGCAAGUAGUUUAAAGUGGUAUAGACAUGUUGAUGGAAUUCUGAUAGAAGCCAAAAAAACUUGUUUAUACUUGUGGGGUCUACUUUUGUUCCAAAGCAUUUCCAAUCGAUCUAAUGAUUAAAUCGAGCGGAUUUAAGGAAUUGUCUUUUUUAAUCGAAAUAAUUUAAGGUAAAGAUUUCGACGUAACAUAGAACAAAGUAAAAAGAAUUACGGGACUAACUUAUAUCGGGAAGUAAACGCAAUUUCUCAAUAUGCAAAUAGUGUGGUGUGAUGAUAAUAUUUUUUGAUACACAUAACUGGAACACAAUGAAGAACGAUUGAGAAAAUGAGAAAAUUUAUCCGGCAUAAUAGUAAGUGUAAAAAAAGCUAAGAGAUAACAAAAUUAGAACUAAGUUUUACUCUACUAAAACGUUAAGGUUGAAUCAUCUCUGAUUGUCAUCUCUCUAUCUGGCUAUUCACGACGUAGAGCACCUCUCUCUUUAUAACGGAGUCUUCGAAAGACACCAUCCUAAGACUCUGAGUGAUUAAAGAUGCUGUUGAAUCAAAAAAAAUUUACUAACUUUGUUUCCAAAAAAUCGUCGAGGAAUUAUGGCACUAACAUCUGGAGGCUGGCACUCAUCAUUCAACUGGCGCGCUUUCAGGUUGAUCUUGAUUCCGAAAAAUCUGUUCUCCUCAAGGUCGAAGAAAUGCAACGUGAAUUUAUCAAAAUCGAUGUUGCACAAUUUCAAAGCCCUUAAUCUCAAUAUAUGUAGAAGUCUUUGCUAAUGAAGGAAUUCUGCACAAUUGAGUAAUGUUUUCUGACAUUCUGAGUUUAGCCAAGGUCAUUUGCGGUCAAGGUUCUGUAAUAUGUUGACCAGUUUUCAUAACGUAGGGAGUGCCAGAUAUAAUAUUAAGUGAUGUCUGAAACAAUGUUGAGAGUUAUCAGAGACAUUAUUGUCGUAUUAAGUCCUGUCCAUAAUAAUGUUGAGGUUGGCCAGGUUAAAAUGGUUACAGAUAAUAUGGAUGUCGAGUAGUUUGGACGAUGCCAAGGAUUAUCAGUGAUAAUAGUGAGUCUUUUCCGUGAUGAUAAUUACUCUGAUGAAAAUAAUAAUGAUGAUAACCAACCCAGAAAAAAUUCCACUUAAUUCCUCGCUAAAAUUCCACUUAAACUGUCUACAGAAGUCAAGUACAGUAAGCUAACGUGGAAAUCCCACCUAGACAAUAGAGUUAAUAAAGCUUGUGUCGCCUUCGGCCAGUGCCGGAGGGCUGUCGGGAGGACUUGGGGUCUGUCUCCCAAGAUAGCCCUGUGGAUCUACACCGCCGUUGUUCGACCAAUGCUAACUUACGGUGCGGUGGUAUGGUGGACUAGAACUUCUAAGUCUACCGCCACCACUGCGCUUAAUAGAAUACAGAGACUCGCGUGUCUGUAUGUUACAGGUGCGCUGCGAUCAACCCCCACAGCGGCCAUGGAAAUCAUGUUAAAUUUACCACCACUCAACCUACAUAUCCAGGAAGUGGCGUUGGUAACCAUGAAACGACUACAAUCAGUAGGAACUAUGAAGGAUGAGGACGCUGGCAGCAGUUCAACACUCUGGAGGGAAGCAGUGCUAGACACACCCCUACUCGAGUGUAAGACUGAUCACAGACCAGCAAAAUAUGUUUUCUCAAGGAAGUACCUCACCCACGUCAGUCCCACAGUUGUAGAUGUACAUAGAACCUUAAAGAUCUACACUGAUGGUUCAAAAGGACGAAAUGGUGCAGGCGCGGGGGUAUUCUCUCACGAUCCCCUGAUUCGCCUCUCAGAACCUUUAGGGUCCAGCACCACCGUCAUACAAGCGGAACUAACUGCUAUUAAACUUGCUGCUGACUGCAUUGUUGAAUCCAACAAGCGGGCUUUAAGCAGAGUUAUUAUAACGUCUGCAGUAGUUAUGGAUUGUCACAAAGCACUGGAGGAGGCCGCGAAAUACAAUUCUGUCAGAAUCCAGUGGAUUAAAGGGCAUUCCGGCUCCAAGGGUAACAACCACGCGGACAGGCUAGCCAAACGUGCUGCCGGUAGAGCGCCCUGUGCACCCGAGCCGAUAAUUACCCCCUCCUUAGCCACUCAUAUCGAGUUAAUAAAGCACAUUACCCACAAAAAAUUUUUAAACGGGUGGGACCGUACCCCGGGCUGUCAUCUCGCUAAGGAAUUGUUAAAAUAUCCUUCAGCCGCAACAGCCCAGUUUUUCGUAGGGCUCGGUAAAAGUGCCCUUCGCACUGCCACAGGUCUCCUCACGGGACACUGUAAAGUAAAUAAGCACCUUCAAAACAUGAAGCUUGCUGACUCUCCUCUCUGUCGAGCCUGUGAACAGGAUGACGAGACGGUUAAACACAUCUUGUGUGAUUGCCCCUCUCUGACCGACCUCAGAUUGAGGACCUUCGGGGAGGAAUGGCCAACCACAGAUGACAUCAGGAAUGCACCUCUAGGAGCUGUCCUAGCCUUUGGUAAAUCCUUAGGCUGGUUGAUGUGACCAGAGCGUGUAAUGGGAGGAUGCACAAGGGGCCCAAUGGGGCCUAAGUGUGGCGUGCGGUUUUGCAUGCACUCCCCAAUCCAUACAUACAUACAUACAACCAACCCAGAAGCAUCAAUUUACAACAAACCGAAGAUAUGUCUAAAGGAAGCUGGCUAAAUGAAUUCAAAGAAAGAAGCCAGAACAACCUUUGCAUACGAAAAGUGUGAUAGAAGUUUAGUAGUAAAUAAAGAAGUAUCGAAAAAAAAUUGGGUAAUUGAUACACUAAUAAUUUUAAAAACUGAAACAGAUCAAGAAGUAAAAAAAAACAGAACUCAUAACUAGAAUUAUAAUCCUAAUUCUUCUCCAUGUUCGCCAGAAAGAUAUAGAUUAACCUGGUAAUGGAAAAAGAAGACUUCUAAGACACCGUGAAACAGAUCAAAGUGGUACUAGAGAAAUAAGACAAUGGAGAAUGUAUCAGGGUCAUACAAAGUGAUGCCAAACAAUGCGAUUGAGUGUCGAGAAUAGGUCUACUGUUGAAAUGAUAGGGAAUGCAAUAAGCUUCGGCGAAGAUUACAAAAACACAACGAAGGAAACAGCAUCUAAUAAUAACAAACACUUGUAAGUGCUCUUAUUUGCUGGAAUUACUUGGGUGAAGCUAUCAGGAUAGAGCGUAGAAAAAAGUUCAACCUUGAUUUUGAUACAAGAGCAGAAGUACUCGAUCGGAAGAACAAAGUUUUCUGCUAAUUAUUAACUAAUCCCCUUGAAGACUCGAAGAAUCGUGAAACUGAUAGAGAUUUUGAGUACCAUACUGCAUAAAGAAAUGGUGCAGAAAGCAUUGGGCAAUGAAAGACGCUAUACAAUAACGAAAGUAGACUCAAAUCGUAGACUAUAAUAGAUCUCCUAGUGUCUAACCUCGUUCAGAGAUUCCAGAGAUAUUCUGUCAGGAAUCAUA